AGAACGGGGUCGGGGGUCAGAGUGCGCGGAGAUGCCUCUGGAUGUUGAAUGGUAGCACUCUUCCAUACUGGAGCAGCAAAGAUUCCUCCAAGCUUACUUCCAAGGGUGAGACAAGCUCUGUGCUCCCACCGCCUACUUUGCUUUCUCCAGAGGUGCGGCUCCACCGUAAACAGGAAACUGGCGUCCCACGGCUUUGGCGCGUCCAUGGCAGCAAUGUCAUCCUUCCCUCCACAGAGAUAUCACUACUUUUUAGUGUUGGAUUUUGAGGCCACUUGUGACAAACCACAAAUUCAUCCUCAGGAAAUCAUUGAGUUCCCCAUUCUGAAGCUAAAUGGCAGGACGAUGGAGAUUGAAUCCACCUUUCACAUGUAUGUGCAGCCGGUGGUGCACCCUCAGCUUACUCCCUUCUGUACAGAGCUGACUGGAAUUAUUCAGGGCAUGGUGGAUGGGCAGCCAAAUCUCCAGCAAGUGCUUGAGAGGGUCGAUGAGUGGAUGGCGAAGGAAGGCCUCUUAGACCCUAGCGUCAAGUCGAUUUUUGUAACCUGCGGAGACUGGGAUUUGAAAGUAAUGUUACCAGGACAAUGCCAGUACUUAGGGCUGCCGGUUGCUGAUUACUUCAAACAGUGGAUUAAUCUGAAAAAGGCCUACAGCUUCGCCAUGGGGACCUGGCCGAAGAACGGGCUCUUAGACAUGAACAAAGGACUCAACCUCCAGCACAUAGGGAGGCCCCACAGCGGGAUAGACGUAAAUGACAAAGAAAUCAGAAAGAGAGAUCAAUGCAGUCCAAAUUAGCACUUGGAGAUAGACUGUGCUGGAGAUGUCAGAGCCUGACCCCUGUUGAUCUGCCAGCCUCCACCGGUGAUAUUAUGCAAAUUGCAUCUAUCUGGCAGAGCCCACUCCAAGGAAUAAUGGUGCAGGGUCGCGCGCGUGUGUGUGUGUGUUUGGGAAGGGGAGAUAUUUGGGGGCUGAUUGACAGGAAGGAUAAGGUGAUGCACUGGAUUCAUUUGUGCUCCUGGGCGGAUUAAGAAUCAAAGUCCAGAUAAGAGAUAACGAAACUUCAUUUUGCUUUUAUUUUAUUCCUUAUUUCCCACAGACACACACAAACCAGUGUUUCCCCCCCCCCCCCCAAAAACAAACAAACCCCAAACCCUCUCUGCUCUUAUCCUCAAGUCAUUACCACCGCUGGCAGUUUGCGGGGAGAGACAACGUUGGAGAAGGAAAGCAACCAAAAAAAAAAAAAACCCAGCUGCUUAAAAGCCAGCUGUAAUGGGAGCCCGGAUAAUAGAAAUCUCAAAUGACGGUGAUCGCCUUGUUAAGAAGUUUGAAAAUACUGCCAGAUUGCCCUUAAUGAGAGAAAUAUGGCUGUUAGUUAGUGAAGGAGGAGGGAAUGGACCUUGUUUCAAGUUCUGUAGCUCACGCAUCAAAGAGGUACCGGCUGUUUCAUUUCAAAAUCCUGCUCCUCUGCCUGAUAUUAAAAAUAGUUGUUAAAGGC